GCCGCCGCCGCUGGCGAAAUGUUUUCAUUUUUUUCAACAUUAUUUUCUGAAUUUUAGUCAGUGAUUUUAGUACACAUUUCGUUAGAAUUUUAUCCUUAUUAAAAUUUUUGUCAGUAUGAGUGAGGAGAAGAAAAAGUUGGAGGAGCAGAAAGAUUCAAGAUGGACUUUAGAACGCGAGACAGAACUACGGUUUGAAGUACCAGAAACUGAUGAUUCUCAAGGCAAAAAGUCGGCACAAUUAGUUUUGUUGAAAGGACAGGCAGAAAUAUUUGGCACAGAAUUAGUGUUGCACAAGAAAUUUAAUUUUAAACCUGGUGAUAAAAUUGCUGUGUUUACAUGGGAUGGCUGCAUUGUUGAAAUCUCCGGAGCUGUUGAUGGGGCGUAUGUUUCAAGAGAAACACCAAUGUUGAUGUAUCUCAAUCUCCAUGCCGCUCUUGAUCAAAUGAGGGAAAAAGCCAAGAAGAAUCCUGGUUUGACAGGCCCAAGAAUCAUGAUAACUGGUCCAGGAGAUGUUGGCAAGUCAACUCUGUGCCGGAUACUUUUGAAUUAUGCUGUUAGGCUUGGGAGAAGACCGAUUUAUUGCGAUCUUGAUGUUGGACAGGGAUCCAUCUCAAUUCCAGGAUCCACAGGUGCACUUUUAAUAGAAAGACCAGCUGAUAUAGAAGAAGGAUUUGCCAUUCAUGCUCCACUAGUGUAUAAUUUUGGACACACAUCACCAAGUGCCAAUUCAAAAUUGUACGAUGUUUUAACAUCUCAAAUAUCAGAUGUUGUUAAAGAAAGAUUUGAAAAGAAUAGUGAAGCUCGUAUUGGUGGUGUUGUUGUUAAUACUUGUGGUUGGGUCACUGGGGCUGGUUAUAAGAUGUUGGUUCAUGCUGCUAAAGCCUUUGAUGUCAAUGUGAUCGUUGUGCUUGAUCAAGAGAGACUUUAUAAUGACUUCAAGAAACAAUUUGGUGAAGAUAUUGAAGUACUUCAUCUUCCGAAGUCCGGUGGGGUUGUUACCCGAAGUCAACAGUUCAGGCGAGAAUCAAGAAAUGAAAGGAUACGUGAAUAUUUUUACGGGAUAAAAAAUAAUUUUUAUCCGCAUACAUUUGAAGUAAAAUUCUCGGAUGUAAAGGUUUUUAAAAUAGGAGCCCCUGCAGUGCCAGAUUCCUGUCUUCCCAUCGGAAUGCAAAAGGAUGAAAUUGAAACGAAACUAGUACCAAUGCAACCAGGUAAAGAUCUUAUUCACUGCGUUCUUGGUCUAAGUAUGGCGUCAGAUCCUGAGGAAGAUCUUGUUCGGACGAACAUAGCAGGAUAUAUUGUGAUAACGGACGUGGAUAUGGAGCGUCAACAAUACAAGAUUCUUUCACCCGCCCCCAGGCCCUUACCCAGACAGUUUCUCCUGCUGAGUGACGUAAAGUUUAUGGACAUGAAGUAAAACUUGCAAAUAUUUUCAUAUUAUCGUGAAGCGACGAAAUGAUGAAAAAGAGGACAUAUUACGAUUUUAAAGUUGCAGUAUGCAUCAUGGGGCUGAUUCGGGGGUAGAGCCUUUUUUUGGCCAGUCCCUUAGCAAUAUGCUGCGACUUCGGAAUGGUCAAUUGUUGAUGAACUACUUGGCCUCAAAGAAAUCAUAAACGAUAUAAAGAGGUUUUACAUGAUACUUAGAAAUGUAUGCGAGCUCGACUUGCAUAACAUAACGUCCAGUAUUUCGAAAACGCAACCCGUAUAAUUAUAAUGAUAGUUGAGGUUACUCGUUCCCCCGCGCAAAAUUUCAGAGGCUAUGCUCAGCUGUACGCAUCAAAGCUACCUACUACAACUGUAUGCAUGCAGGUGAAGAUAUUUCAAUAAAUAAUGCAACGGGAAUGUGACCUGAAACGUAUCACUAUUUCCUUAUUGUAAUUUUUAUUCAAGUUUGUCAAAUUUCCGGGAUG